AUGUUUGGAAUUGAUUGUCAAGACGGUACGCUUCGACUGGAGCCGUUCACUGACGGACCACAAUUCCAAAGGAAAAUGGAGGUUCACUGCAUCAUCACGGCAUACUGCUGCGCAACCACAAUGAGGACUAACGGUAUGUUGUCUGCGGGCGUCGUGGUGGCGUAUGGCGUCGCUCUUGUGUCUGCCGGAGCUAUACAUGCUCGUGUCCCAGUUGAAGAGAGCACUUCAUCUACUGCUGGAUACUAUCCUCCUCCACCGCCUCCAUACGGACCGUUGCCAACAUCUAGUCAUGUCGUAUCGUCCACUGUAUCGUUGACUACACCACCUUACCCCAGCUCAAACGGAACGACAUCAUCCCUGACAAGCUCUUCCAGUGAGGUCAUCACAUCUACUGCUAGCAGCAACACCGCUGCGAGUACCAACGCUCCUGUGGAGUCAUCGCUCACGCCUAGCUACUACAGCUCAUCUACACCAGUGCUGUCUACCCCGGCUCCGUCUAGUCCUUCAAGCGAAGUCCCUUAUCCCUCGUCUGGAACGUUGAUACACUACUCGUCUUCGUCCGUUGGCUGGAACAGUAGUAGCAUUCCACUCCCAACUACGUAUGGCUCACCAUCUAGCAGUUCUCACGGGCCAUCUUCUGGAUCCUCAAUCCAUUAUCCAUCGUCUUCAGUCGGAUGGAACAGUAGCAGUACUCCUCUGACGUCGUAUGGACCGACUACGCCGAUACCGACCUAUAGUCAUUCCAGCACAGUUAACCUAAACCAUUCAACGACAGCAUCGUUGAACUCAACACUUCCGCCGUACCCAACCUCGUCGUACGUGCCAGAUAAUAGCACAGGGACCACAAACAUCAUGUCCACCGCUACAAUAACUGUUCCAGGCACGGAGACCUAUGCGGCCACAUUGUCAUCGCCUACGCCAAGCAGCUCUCUGACGGAGACAGAUUCGACAGUAAGCUAUGGUAAUAACACGACACCAAUACUGUCAACCGGGAGUCCUACGCUGUAUCCAAACACUACGGCCCCCUAUCCGACGCACUCGAGCAGUACGAAGAGAUCGUCGACACGGACGAGAACAAGAACGGUCAGGCCACCCAUUACGCCGACACACUCGACUCGGUACCCGACAACGCCUCCUCAUGGGAACUCUACGUCCAGCACUCCAGUCUCCACGCCACAUGCAUCUUUGUCAACUAGCGAGUCUAUUCCAUCAUCGACGUAUGAGACUCCCUCUGGGUCGUUGAGCUCUUCAAAUAUCUCGGUGCCAUCGACUAUCGAGGUGCCUACCGGGCACUCGUCAAGCGUCCUUACCCUUCCAGUACCAACAUCUUAUGGUGGCCCAUCAUCUCCUUCAAUCACGCCUCCAUCAACUACUGAGUCACCAGGUGAAGAAAGCUCGUCCAGUUCAGUGUCAUCAACUAUCGCUGGGAGCGAGAGUUUCAGCGUUUCCAUUGGUCUACCGACUCCAUACCCGUCUGUCUCGUUGUCUUCUAGCUCCGGAGCGUCCGCCGAAGAAUCAAGUACAAUCCCGCUGCCGCUUCCACCAUCUCCGUCUACAUACCCACCUGCGCCGUCGUCUUCUGGGACGGGUGAAAGUAGUUUGACUUCUUCUGGGGUACAUACACCUUCCGUGCCGACAACGUAUGCAGAUGUUGGAACAUCUUCUGGUGUAGCUGGGACUUCUACGUACGCGCCUGGUGAAAACAGCCUGAGCAGUAGUGCCUCUACAUCGCCUGUUUCAUCACCACCGUUGCCGAGCACAUACCCUACUGCACCAUCUUCUUCAUCGUCGUCUGAGGUCAGCGCCCCCGAAGAAGGCAGCUACAGUAGCGGAUCGUCAACCAUCUCGCCUCCUACACCAACACCGUAUCCGAGCGUAUCUCCAACGCCGUAUCCAAGUGUAUCUCCAUCGCCGUCGCCGUCUUCGGACGUCGGUGGAAGUUCAACAUACGCGCCGGGAAGUCUGAGCAGUGGCUCGUCGACCAUUUCACCUCCCGGACCAACCCCUUACCCCAGCAUAUCGCAGCCUUCUUCAUCCGAGGCUGGCAGCAGCAGCGAAAGCACAGCAGGUAUCUCGACAAAUGCACCGGCAGAAGGCAGCGCCUCAUCUUCAUCUCCAUCAAGCCCAACCCCUUACCCCAGCUCAUCAUCCCCAUCAGCCCCCACCAGCGCUCUUCCAUCCCCUUUUGACUCCUCGUCAAGCGUCCCAGCGAUAUCUCCACCAAGCCCAACACCAUACCCCACACCCUCCCCUUCGCCAGCCCCAACAAGCUCGCCAUCGUCGUCGGAGAUUAGUGGCACAUCGACAUAUGCACCAGGUGAAUCCUCAGCCUCAGCCUCAGCGUCAUCAUCGUCAUCGUCACCAUCAUCAUCAUCAUCCGCCUCAUCGGAUAUCACACCACCAGCCCCAACCCCAUACCCCUCUCCAUCCACUACCCUCCUCACCCUGACCUCCUCGUCAAGCUCCGGCGCCCCGGUGUACAGUCCGCCCGUAUACGUGAUCCCGACCGACUUUGCACCUUUCCCGAGCACAGGUCCGGGUCCGGGUCCCGGCAAGGAUAAUGGAGAGAAGGACAAGGAGGAGCGUGAAGGGUUCUGGGACUGGCUGGUUGGACACCGACCGGAGAGGCUUUGA